GCAGCUCGAGUGGAAACGCGCAUGCGUUGUAAAAUUACUGCGCAAUAGUCUACUGCACAUCUCGAUGACAGAUAGAUUUGCAGUAUCGUUUCGGUCGUCGUUCGUCACGUGUUGGAAUACUAUUGUGUUUAUAUAUAAAUAGUUGAAUUUAUUUUACAAUAGUUACAUUUUUAUCUUUUAUACGUUCGUUUUUUAAACAGUUUCUAUUGCAUAAUAUUAACAUUUAAUCGUAAUUGUGUUUCUAACAUAAAAAAUUUUAAUUAUAUAUUAUUAAUACAAAAUUUGUUAUAAUGUCCCCACCUAUGGAGAGGAUCCAAGGUUUAGAAGCUAUUGAAAAGGAUAUUAUUGUGUGUUUGCAAAGUGCAGGUCAAGCAUUUAUGGAAUUAAGUAAGGAAAAAUCUAGUUUAAAACAAGCAGAAGCUCAAACACAUCAAUUUCUUAAAACAUUAGCUCACGUGGAAUCGAAAUUGAGUGAACAAAUUAAUUAUCUUACUCAAGUUUCAACAGGUCAACCACACGAAGGUUCUGGAUAUGCAAGUCAAAAGGUUUUGCAAAUGGCAUGGCAUAGGCUGGAACAUGCUCGCAGCAGAGUUAAUGAACUGGAACGCAUAAAAAACAAGCCAAGAUAAGAAAUUUAUCUAUUUAUAAAAUCUCUACUGUCCAGGAGAUAUCAACGUGUAUAUUAUAAAAUGUAAUAAUUAAUUAAUAUCUUAUUUUUUUAUUAAAUCUCUAA